AUGAGCAGAAUUCGUCAUUUCUCUCUUGAGCAAACCUCUACACAGCCAGAGAGAUUGCCACGCUUGGUGCCUCCACCCGCCUUAAGUAACCCAAUGUCCAAUCCCCAACGGCAGAACACUGGGGAUACCUUGGACACCUUGGCACCGAAUAUCCCUCCUCGAUAUCCAGGACGUAGAAUCUCUGAGGAAAGUACAACGAGGGCACGGCAUCCAAGUGAUCAGCUCACUAAUUCAUAUGCGACUUCGUCGUCACCACCUCAGAAAUAUCCCCGAAACUCUUAUGACAAUAGUAACACAUUUACAGGAGCAGCAGCCGAUGGCAGACGCUCCAGGAAUACUAAUCUUCCCUCGGUUAUCUCAGGGGUUGCUAUUAAUAGCUUCCAAGAGGAGUGCCAAUCCAAUGGAGAGGAUACAGAAAAAAGAAAGAGAUUCAAUAUGAAGGAAUUUAGGCAGAGGAGACGAGAUAAAAGGGAUUCAAGAAACUUUUCAACCUCCGAACCUGACAGUAAUGCGGUGAGUUUAACUACCUUUAAGUAUCGACAAUUUCGCUAUCUUACCUGUCAAAAUUACUCCAAAUUUCACAUAUGUCUGUACUUGCAUUACUUAUACUUUACUAAAUUACUCAGUAAUCCGUGUGAACAGUCAUGA